AAUCUGGUAAUAUUAUGUCAUUUAUAAAUUAUAUUGGCAAAUACUUUGAUGUUGAAUAUGCCAUUCGCCAGUACACUAUACACGUAGUUGUGAUUGCUAGUUUACAACGGGGCGAAUAACUCCAAUGUUGAUGUGGUAACAGUCUGAGGUAGCCAGCUAGAUAGCCACGGUUUCAUAAAAACAUGGACCAGAAGAUUCCGUAUGAUGACUACCAGCUACCAGUUGUGUUCCUCCCAUCUUACGAGAGCCCACCAGCAUGGAUCCCCCCACAGGAGAGGAUCCAGCACCCGGACUACAACAAUGAGCUCACACAGUUCCUACCACGCACCGUUGUACUGAAGAAGCCUCCAGGUGCUCAGCUUGGCUUCAACAUUCGUGGCGGCAAGGCCUCCCAACUCGGGAUAUUCAUAUCCAAGGUGGUCCCAGACUCGGAUGCUCAUAGAGCAGGACUACAAGAGGGAGACCAGGUUUUGUCUGUCAAUGAGGUGGACUUUCAAGACAUUGAACAUUCGAGGGCUGUAGAAAUUCUGAAGAGCGCACGGGAAAUCUUGAUGAGGGUCCGCUUCUUCCCUUACAAUUAUCAGAGACAGAAGGAGAGGACUGUCCACUAGGUGGCAGCAGAACAGCACGAAGAUGAACCGACCAAAACAAAAACUAAAGCCCCCUCUUGGCGGACCGACGCAACAGCAUGUCAUCAAUCUUGAUCACUGCACUGCUGCCUUCAUUCACCCUCUGCUUUGAGACCAUUCAUCAGUCUCUUUUGGAAGGAUACCUCCCAGGUUUUUAGAAAAUAGAUGAAUAGAUUACAAGAGUUUCAUUUAUUUAAAUUAAUCAAAAUCCCUCGCACACUAAACUUUUCCACUCAUGCUCAGUUCAUUCGUGCCAUCGUUCUGAAUAAGAAAAUCAACGUUCAUAGUCAAAUUUGGUCUUCUGUUUCAAAGAAUAUCAGGUGCUUGAUAAGCACUACAAAGGUUACCUGAGGCAAUGCCAGUUGACACGAUUUUACAUUACUCAUCUUGAAGCAGAUGCCCAACUAGUUACUAAGAAAGUGUUUCCUUUAAAAGAAGAAUUGUCUUGUUUAAUUCUUGACAAAUCAUUUCACCAACCAGGACAAGUACAAGUUGGAUUUACUCAAGCCGUUAAACAAUUAGUACUUGCUAUAAACUUUUUUUUUUGUGUGUGUAGAACAAAGUAUGAAUAUGCAGACAUAUCACGAAACCACUUGUCUUAUUUAUACUUGACUGGGUAAUAUAAUUGAUUAUAGUAUUUAUAUUGUCAUGGUAUAUAACUUCAUUAACUGGUGUAUAAAAUGAUUAUCAAUCAUAAAUAAAGGCAUAUUUUGCCACAUGUAUGUUUACACAUUUUAUUUCAGUUCACAAUUUGCUUUGAGGUGUUUGUUAUUACACAGUUAGUUUAAUUCCGAAUAGACGUUUAGACACAUGGCUGUCAUAAACAAGCAUUUAACAGGCCUAAUCCUACUGAAUAAUACAACUCGGGGCUUAGAAACUUAACAUUAAAAUGUUUUAAGGUUUAUUCUUUUCCCUGAAGUCACUAGUAUUUUAACAGUGAUAUCCAUGAGACAUAAGCACUGUGAUAUGAGAAGCUCAACCCACUGUUCUACUGGCUGAUCGUUUCAAUUGAGGAUGGCCCAUGAGCAGUAUAGUAAAUCACACGGAACCACAGAAACCUGUAAACCUAGGUUUAUUUUUUUUUACAGGAUGUUUCAUAUCUGGGCAGGGCUAAGUUCCAGAGCUUGUGGGACUUACUUUUUCUGCUCCAUCAUAACAGCUUAAACACUUUUUUUUUUUUUUUUAAGAAUUAAAAAAUUCAUGUAGUCACAAGGUGUCAUACUCAAAAUGCAGGAUUUCAGAUCGUUUAGAUACUGAUGAGGUAAAAGAAACUAUCCCGACACACCCAAAUAAUACAGGUUAGACUGUACCUUCAGUGUCUAUUCAGACAAUUAGUUAACUUGCAUAGUAAUGGGUAACAACUUAUCAACGGUCAAUAAAAUGUUCACUUCAAAGCCUUCAGACUUGGCGUUCAUGAGGUUGGAAAUACAGCACUGUAAAGCUGUAAAAAUAAUAAUAAAAAAAUGUCUAUACACAAACACACAAUAUGUUUUUUCCUCAAACUGAGAUCGAUAGGAAGCUUAAGCAUAUGCUUAUAACUACCAAUCAUAGUUAAACAGUGACGUUUCUUGGGUAGCUAUAUAUGGAAUUAUUAUUUAAAGGACAUUACAAACUUAAUUUAACCUUUUUUCCCAAAAUAGUGACUCCACAUCCAUCGCACAGUUGCAAUUAAAGCACAUUCCUCUGGGAUUAACCUUCAUAUGCGCAUUAUUUCU